AUGGAUCACCUGCAUUACAGCUGCAUUCAUACUGAAAGUAUUCCCCGGAAAUUUGUUUUGGGGCAUAGAAAGUUUCUCACUGAGCAGUUUAAUUCUCAGCCUGCAAAAUACACACCACCGGAGGGAAAGCCCCCAAAACUUGAGGACUUUAAAAGCGCCCGAAGCCUUGGACAUUUCGAAAUAACCAUCCUAGGACUGAACCAAGAGAUAGCAAUCGAUGUUGCAUUCCUGCCUAAGUAUUCUCCAGAAGAUCUCCGUACAUCUCAAAUGGAUACAUUACUAACCUCCAUGAAUUACAGCUGUGUGUUUCCACCGGCAACAGCUAGCAAUGACAGACUGCCAAGAGCACUUGCAAGUGAUAUUAUCAACGCUCUUUGGAGCCACCAGAUGGCGAUGUUGCAGACCGGUGCUCUGAGCCUCUCAACUUAGUGGAAACGUGAGAAAUGGCAGGGAAUUCAAGCAAACCCAGUGUGUUGGGGUGAAAGCAUCGUAGCAUAAAACCUGGAGGUGGG